GCUAUCUAGGAAGUGAGUCUGUCUCUGUUUGAAGUAUAUUUGAAUGCAGUUCCCUAGCCAAACUAAACAAAACAAGGAAAUACUAUCGAAUAAAUGUAUCUUUUUGCACGAAUUACAAUUAGUGCUGGUACUAUUGAUGUUGCCAGUGUAGCUCAACUGUGAUAGGCUCGCAAUUUAUUAGAUCUUCAUUGUUAUCAUUUUACAUGACUAAGCGGAGAUCAUCGAAACGCAACACCGUUGUGAUUACCUAAUGGUGGGUCACCGUAUAUAUGGUUCGUUGAAACCAACUGUCAGCAAAACAUUUACUAAUACGAUGUUCGGUUGGCAGCAGUGUCUAUUGUUGUGCAUGGUAGCUGCCUGUGUACGGCCGGCUCUUGCUAUAAAGGCAGCGUACGAACGUUUCGAGCAGUUAUUCGGCGAUGAGUAUAUUGAUUUCGAUGUGCGCGUUCGCAAAUUCAAUCGGACAGAGAUGACACUCAACGGAACGGUCCACGUAAAACAACCAAUAGAUAAUACGAUCGUGUUCUCAACUGAUGUGUUUCUAAGCCGUCUCGGAAAUCAACAGUUUCAGCAUUAUCCAAUGCAUCUGCCCACGGGUGGUUUUUGUGAGUUUAUAGACCAUUUACAUGAGGAGUAUCCUACGGUUAUAGUUGAUAUUGUAAAUAUUCCGCAACUCUCCGAAUGUCCAAUAACUGAGCGAUCCAUGCACAUACAGGAUAAACUCUUUCCAACGGAAGCAUUACCUGAAUCACUGUCGAGUGGUUUGUGGAAAAUGGUGAUCUCUGGCACAUUGAAUGAAACGGUAAUAAUUCGAUUCACGUUCAGCAUUCGUCUAACUGAUGACUACAUGACCUUUUAGAUGUGAAGUUUGCAUUCAUUUAAAUGAUGAUUUACAAUAAUAAAAAUGCAUCAAAUGAAAACUGA